GGGACCUUUUUAACACAAGUACCUUUGUCUCUCCAUGGCUCAGUGGUGAAGCAGAGGAUGCAAAUGUACAACUCUCCGUAUCGAGGGCUCUGGGACUGUGUUCAGACGGUGACUCGUAAGGAGGGACUGGGGGCUUUCUACCGCAGCUACAGCACGCAGCUCACCAUGAACAUCCCCUUCCAGGCCGUGCACUUCAUGAUCUACGAGCUGAUGCAGGAGCAGCUGAACCCCCACAGACAUUACCACCCCGGCAGUCACAUCGUGUCGGGGGCCGCAGCGGGAGCCAUCUCCGCAGCGAUCACCACUCCGCUGGACGUUUGUAAAACUCUCCUCAACACUCAAGAGAACGUUGUGCUCAGCUCCGUUAACGUCAGCGGACAGUUAUCGGGGAUGGCUAACACCUUCAGGACAGUGUACCGCCUCGGGGGUCUGCCGGCCUUCUUUAAGGGGGCCCAAGCUCGGAUUAUAUACCAGAUGCCCUCCACUGCCAUCGCCUGGUCGGUGUACGAGUUCUUCAAGUACUUCCUGACAAAGCAGCAGAUGGAACAUGAGGCAGGACCUCGAUCUAGGAAAUGAAGAAGACUCCAACCUGAAGCGAAAUGAGCUCGCUGCGUGCUGUUAUAGGAAAUAACGCAAGAUGUUGUCACAGAGGGAAGUUGGCUGAAACUUGAUCACCUUAUAGUCACUUGUCGAAGUCUGGGUGUCUUUAAAGUUAGUUGCCCAACCAGGAUAUGCAUCAGAGAUGAUCGAUAAACAUAGGAGAGUUCAUCUCGUUCCUCUUCCACUCCACAGACGCUCUCUCUCUUCCACAUGUGGAGAGCGUAUAACUAAGUUGUCUUGAACGAUGUUUGUAGUUUUUAAUAUUGGAACUUCUUAUUUAUUUUGUUUAGCUUGCAGAGGCUUGUGUUUUACGGAUGCGGAAGAAACUCAACGCUGUUUGUUUGUUUUUGUUUCACUGUGUAUUUAUUAACAAAAAACAUGACUACACAUUCCUCAUUUUCGCUACACGGCCAACGGAACAGUUGCGCUUUCCAAGUGCCUCAUGAUUAUGAUUCUUUUUUUAGAAAACUUUUUGUCCUCGGUUUUAUUUUUCUUGCUUAAAUUAAAGGUGGGGUAUGUCAUUUAUUUCAGAAACACUUUUUGUUAUAUUCCAUGG